CGAGACUCAAAAUACUGCACAGUCGACCUGCUGUCAUAACGUAAAUUUAUUCACACUGGGCCGUACGUACUUGUUCCAGGUUCUGUCUGGGUUUGAAAAGUGGAAUUGUUUUUAGGAAAUUACCGAUAGUAAACAAGGGGUCCGAAGAUGGUGCAAUUGUCCGUAAACGUUGACGGGCAAAAGGGGGACCAGGUGAAGAAGUCACCCGACAGCGUCGAGGUUCCGAUCCCGGCCAAGCCCUAUGCCCCUGUUGCCGUCAAGAGAGGUCGCUGUUGCUCCAAGACGGUGGUCUGCAUCUCCGUAAUCAGCGUGGUUAUUCUCCUCGUCGUCGGGGCCACUCUGCUGGGGGUCUUCCUGAGCCGUCACAAAUCCUGGGAGGACUGCUUCAACUGGGAUGACACGCACCAGGAUGAGGGAUCUCACAGCGGCGGUGGAUCCCACGGUGAUGGACCACACCACGGCGGGGGAUCCCACGGGCCGCACGGCAACUGGACUCACGGCGGACACGGAGGCCAUGGUGGUGGGCACGAUGGUGACCACGGAGGCCAUGGUCACGGUGGUGGGGACGAUGGUGACCACGGAGGCCAUGGUCACGGUGGUGGGGAUGACGGUAACAACGGUGGUCAUGGAGGCGAAGAAGAUGGCGGCGGACACCGGUACCCAGGGAACGAGGGUGAUCACUUUCCCGACGGCCGUCCGUAGUGACCGAACCAGCGCCCUCUACGGCUGGUAGGCAUCAGCAACAGCUUCGUAAGGUGGAUCUGCCCUGCAAAAUAUUUUGAAGUGUUGUGUGUCCAGCUAUUUGAAGUCCAUUUCAAAAGAAAAAAAAUAUGUAUAAAGUGCAGUUUUGAACUUUGAUUUUUAAAACAAAUUCUGGAACAUGUCCAGUAACCUUUUACCUGUUACACCUGACAGUUAAUAGUAAUUGCGGAUGCAGUCCUUAAUCCAUCGUUCUCCAAGAGUGAUUAUGAAUAGCAAUCGACCUAUCGUUUGAAGUCAUUCUUAGUGAAACUUAAAUGACAAAUUGCAAAUUACCUAGGUAAUAGGGACAGGAUGAAUGUCACACUUUGUACCAUAAAUGUAGGCUAUAGAAUGACCCAUCUCAGCUCAUUGGUGUCAGUCAGCGAUGCAGCGAUUGCGUAAUUCAAGCAAAUAUAUGACAUGCCAAGCCUCUUUUUGAUCAGCAACUCAACAAAUUUACUUGAAUCUCGACAACCGUAACCGGAAAAGCUCAGAUGAAAAAAAAAACGAUUCUGAGAUGGCGUGUCAUUAAAUACCAUUAAUGUCAAUGAAGGAUGUUCGUAGUGCUUACCACUUUGUAUCAGUAAAUGCAACAUUGUUAGCAUAUUGACGUGGCCAAUACCAGCUACCAGAGUGAUGUCUGUCAGUGCCAUUAAAUUUUUUUUUCUUCAAAUGUUUCUUUUUGGUAUUUUUAAAUGAUAUUUGACGUUUUUACUGAUCGAAAGGUACUUUAAACUCUACAGGUAGAGUGAAGUAGGAUCGACACUAUGCAGAUAUAGCUACGUCAUACAUAAAUCUUUAUUGCAUAAAUCUUUAUUUAAUACUCGCUCUGAAAUAAAAAAAUAUCGGAAAUUGUAGUUUUAUAACUCUUGAUUAUUUAGGUCGUUAAAAUCGACAAAGUUUUCAUCUGAAAUUGUAUCAAGUUAUUAAAAAAAAUCACAGGUGCUUAUUUGACAGCAGAUGUUAUAUUAUGGAAUUUAUCGGUUCAAGAUUACUUUAAUUACAGUUUUGUAAUUUUUAUUUGGGGCCUAGAUGACUUAUAGUCAAUAAAAUAAUCAAGAAAAACUACA